AUGAGCAAGUUACAGGAUUUGGGCUUGUCUUCCAACUUCUUGCCAGGCACAAUUCCAUCUGAGCUUGGGAAUUUAGAUCAGCUCUACAGGCUGAAUUUGAGCAGUAAUCUGAUAUCUGGGACAAUUCCUUCACAGAUUGGCGGUAUCACAUUGUUACAGAGUCUCGAUUUAUCGGGAAACAAGCUGACAGGCAAGAUACCUACUGAGCUCGGCAAUCUGGAUCGGCUUCUUUUGCUUGAUUUAGGCCAGAAUGACUUGUCAGGCACCAUACCUGACCAACUUGGGAACUUGGGUUCUUUGCAAAUUGCAUUGGAUCUCAGUAGAAAUUCUUUAUCUGGAAAGAUUCCUUCUAAUUUGGCAAAAUUAUCAUCGUUGGAGAAGCUCAAUGUUUCCCAUAACGAGCUCUCUGGCCAGAUCCCGAAAGAGCUAUCACAGUUGUCCAGCCUGGUAACAGUUGAUUUCUCUUACAACAACUUAAGUGGCCCCCUACCUUCAGGGCACGCUUUUGAGAGUGCCACCUUGGAGGACUUCGUCGGGAACCAAGGGCUCUGUGGCAAUGUUUCAGGUCUGCCGUUGUGUUUUCUAGUUGCUGCAUCCAACGUUUCUCACAAGAAUCACACCAAGCUCAUCCUCGCCAUCAUUCUUCCCAUUGUCGGAGCUCUAAUACUAGCAUUCACAUUCACUGCGACCAUUUAUGUAUGGAAAAGGAGAGAAGAAGAUCCUGUCAUGCUGGAGAGCAUGAACACAGAUAGUUUCAUGUGA